UGGUAUGUGCCGGAGCAGGCUCAGGACGGGCUCGGCGGCGGCUGCCAGUACUUGUCAUGGCCGCUGUCCCCCUGUGAUUGUGGGGGACUGAUACAUAUAGAUACAUUGUAUCAGGGAGACUUCCGGUGUCCCCGCAGCAUGGCCCCCCGGAAAGGAGAGCUGACGGAGGAGGAGAAGCAGCUGGUGGCUGUCAUCUCUAAAGGAAAUGUCCAAGAAGCCGUCACACUAUUGGGGAGCAAAGAUGUUCGUAUCAACUGUUUGGAUGAGCAUGGAAUGACCCCCCUGAUGCACGCGGCGUACAGGGGGAAGGUGGAGAUGUGCAAACUGCUGUUACAGCACGGAGCGGACGUGAACUGCAAUGAGCACGAGCACGGAUACACGGCGCUGAUGUUUGCUUGUCUGUCAGGGAAAAAGAAAAUUGUCUGGAUGAUGCUAGAGGCCGGGGCCGACACCGACGCGAUCAACUCCGUGGGCAGGACGGCCGCGCAAAUGGCAGCUUUUGUAGGUCAGCACGACUGCGUCACCGUCAUUAACAAUUUCUUCCCACGUGAAAAGUUGGAUUAUUACACCAAACCGCAAGGACUAAGUAAAGAACCAAAGUUACCUGUAAAAUUAGCUGGACCAUUACACAAGAUCAUCACCACCACCAACCUCCACCCGCUGAAGAUCAUUUUCCUGAUAAAAGAGAAUCCGCUGCUGUUGGAGCCAGAAGCCCUGAAGAAGUGCAGCGCGGUGCUGGAUCUGAUCUGUGAGAAGUGCAUGAAGCAGCGAGACAUGAACGAGAUCCUGGCCAUGAAGAUGCAUUACAUCAGCUGUAUCUUCCAGAAGUGCAGCUCUUGCCUGCCUGAGAACACGCUGGACCCGCUCAUUAAAAGCUUACUGAAGGGUCGAGAUGGCGACUGUUUUCCCAUUCACCAAGAAAAGUUCAUCAGGGAAAGUAUCCGUAAAUUUCCAUAUUGUGAAGCCACGCUCCUCCAGCAACUGGUCCGAAGCAUCGCUCCCGUGGAAAUUGGUUCUGACCCCACGGCAUUCUCCGUGCUGACACAAGCCAUUACCGGCCAGGUGGGCUUUGUGGAUGCCGAAUUUUGCACUACGUGUGGAGAGAAAGGCGCAGAUAAGCGGUGCUCUGUCUGCAAGCUGGUCAUCUACUGCGGCCAGGACUGUCAGAAGCUUCACUGGUUCACCCACAAAAAAGUCUGUAAAAUCUUGAAGGAGAAACGAGAGAAGCAAGAGCUGGAGGCGGCCAAAGAGAAGAAGAGGCAGGAGAAGCUGGCCGAGAAAGAGCUUAGCUCUACUGAAUCCAGUGAGGUGCCGGAGAAGGUCGGGGGUGAAAAUGAAGCUUCCAAAGAAAAAGAGCCUGAGACGCCCACAGAGGGCGACGGAGCGUCAGAGGAGACUGCGACAUCUGCUGAUCCGGACCCCCAGGAGGCAGCCGGACAGUGAUCUGACCACGGCUUUCCUAUGAUGCUCUGCAAUGAGGACGUGCAGCCAACUCCCUGCUGCUGUAGAACUACAAGUCCCAGCAGGACAACAGUUCUACAAUAGGGGGGAGAGGCAUCUACCAGUGAUUUGUAAGCUGAUUGAGACCAUGUCUGUUCAGGACCAAAACACCCUAAAUUCCACCCAAUCCCCCCAACUGGCUGUAGGCCAUCUAUGGUGACCAAGCUUCCGAUUGCACAAAUGUAUAGGAUUUUGUUUGUUAUAUCUGUGUCUGGGAAAGCUGGGUGAUGACCUGUAUGGCCACCAUUAAGCUGCCAUUACUCUGCUUUCCUAGACUCCUAGUCUUGAUGCAUAAAUAGGCUUAUUUGCCCUUCAGGAAUCUGGAAAAGCCGGGUGACCUUCCAUUUGGGAGCUGUAGUGUCGGACAUAGUCACCCAGCUUUCCUAGAAACAGAACUAAAAUACAGGCUGUCGCUAUCCGUUUCUGGGGAAGCUGGGUGACGGGAAAUAUGGUUACCAGUACAACUGCUACUGAAUUCCACCCAGCUUUCCCAGUCUCCUGACUUAGAUCUUGGGACUCUAGGAAAGCUGGGUGACCAUUGUAGGAGCUGUGAAGGUGGCCAUAUUGUUUUUUUGGACCAUGUUGAGCUUUGGGUGAACUCCUCUGCGUCAGUGGUCGGCGCUGAGAUGUUUCGGUGAUGCUCGCUUCCAUUGUCGCUGGGAUACGAUGCAAUAAAGUUUUUGGUAUGAGACGGGA